AUGUUGGGACUUUCCACGGGACUCGCCCUCCUAACCAGCUUUAUUUCCCUUUUUCCCAUCAAUGGCGACUGCUCCUGUCGCUGCAUGCCAGGCGACGCCUGCUGGCCUGAUCGCGCCACAUGGUCGCGCUUCAACCAGUCUAUUGACGGUCGAUUGAUUGCAACCGUGCCGUUGGGGACUCCCUGCCACGGCUCUACCUACAACGAGGCCGUAUGUGAUGCGCUCCGCGCAGAAUGGACACUCCCAGAGCUCCAUUAUGGAACCUCUUCCUCGAUCAUGGCUCCGUUCUUCGCCAACAGUUCCUGCGAUCCCUUUCAUCCCGUUGAUAAGCCUUGCACACUAGACAACUAUAUCGUUUACGCAGUCAAUGUCAGCAAGCCCGAACAUAUCUCCAAGGCGAUUCAGUUCACAACGAAGUACAACAUUCGCACUGUAAUUCGAAACACUGGCCAUGACUACAAUGGCAAGUCGACCGGUGCCGGGGCCCUAGGAAUCUGGACGCACCACCUGAAAGAUAUCGAGGUCAAGGACUGGAAAGACUCGAAUUACAAAGGAAAGGCGAUCAAGCUAGGUGCGGGCGUACAAGGUCUUGAAGCAUAUGAAGCAACCGAUGCUCAGGGCCUCGAGGUUGUGGGUGGUGAGUGUCCAACGGUUGGUAUUGCCGGCGGAUAUACACAAGGAGGAGGACAUUCGGCGUUGGCUUCUGUGCAUGGCCUGGCCGCCGACCAGGUGCUCCAAUGGGAGGUGAUUGAUGGAAAGGGCAGAUUUAUCACUGCCACAAGAGAUAACGAGUACUCCGAUCUUUUCUGGGCGCUGAGUGGAGGAGGCGGUGGCACGUAUGGCGUAGUCUGGUCAAUGACGUCUAAGGCACAUCCAGGCACACCUGUUUCUGGACUGAACUUGACAUUCACCAAUGCAGGCAUCUCACAGGAUACAUUCUACGAUGCCGUUGGUCUCUAUCAUGCCACACUUCCAUCUCUAGUCGAUGCAGGGACCAUGAGUAUCUGGUAUUUCACCAAUACCAGUUUCUCUCUCACCCCCUUGACUGGGCCCAAUAUCCCCGUCGCCAAACUGAAACAGCUGCUGCAGCCUUUCACCGACGGCCUUACUGAUCUCGGCAUUACCUACAACCUCUAUGCAGAGCAGUUUCCCAGCUAUCUGGCCCAGUUCAACGGAAUGCAGGCUGCCAUCGAGGUCGGCAUCGCCCAGUACGGAGGUUGGCUGAUCCCACGGUCCGUGGUCAUUGAGAACAACGCAGCCCUCACUGACGGCUAUCGCCACAUCACCGAGUCCGGAGCCACUUUCAUUGGCGUCGGCCUCAACGUCUCCAAGGCAGUCUCCGGAGACGUUCACAACGCGGUCCUCCCCGCCUGGCGAGACGCCUUGAUUGACACGACCCUUACAACACCGUGGGAGUGGAACGCCGAUGAGGAGAUGCUCGCUCAGCAGCGCAAGAUGACCGAGGACUAUAUUCCGACAUUGAUGGCGCUGGCACCGGAUUCAGGGGCGUACAUGAAUGAGGGCGAUUUCCGCCAGCCGAACUGGAAGGAAGCAUUCUAUGGAUCAAAUUACGAUACCCUGCGGAAAGUCAAGGCCAAGUACGACCCGAAUGAUGUUUUUUAUGCCUCUAAGGCGGUUGGCUCGGAUGAGUGGACUAUAAGCGGCAAUGGGCGGUUGUGCAGAGCGUGA